GUUGUGGUGGUCACGUGUGUAUAAUAACACAUCUCAAACACCUCCAAAAUGACCAGAAGUGAUCCUUUCCCCCAUUUGUUUCUCUCUCUAAGAUUUAAAGAGAAAGAGAGUAGAGUUUUCAAUGGCGACAUCGAAGCUACAGGCUCUCUGGAAUCACCCUGCUGGCCCCAAAACUAUUCAUUUCUGGGCUCCAACUUUUAAGUGGGGUAUCAGCAUCGCUAAUAUUGCAGACUUUGCCAAGCCACCAGAGAAGCUUUCAUACCCGCAACAAUUCGCUGUCACAGCGACUGGAAUUAUCUGGUCUCGCUACAGCAUGGUAAUCACCCCGAAAAACUGGAAUCUUUUUAGUGUAAAUGUUGCAAUGGCGGGAACAGGAUUGUAUCAACUCUCUCGGAAAAUCCGGCACGACUAUUUUAACGAAGAGGAGACUGCUGCAAUAAAGGAAUGAUGACGAAAAGGUGAUGCAGUUAAACUAAGUUUCUGUACUUAUGUUCUUCGAAUAAUGUCGAUUUGUUUCUUUACUUUUUAUCACCAAAUAUGUUCAUCUCAAGUUGAUGACACAAAGAUAACUUCAAAUUCUAGUAUUUGAUUAUUACAAUGAUAUGGUUCAUAACUUGUCAAUAGCUAUGAAUGUAGUAAUA